UCGUAGAGCCGGUUGAUUCUAGAUUCUACGUAGUCAUCUAAUGGACACGAUUAAGUUUAUUAAGCUUGUUCGCGACCACCCUGUCUUGUAUGACACCACUCACGAACAUUACCUCAGUACGAAGAUUAAGGACUGUAUUUGGGACCAAAUAGCAACCGAGGUGAAUAUUCCAGACGUAAAGGCAGCCAAAGUGGAAUGGAAGAAACUAAGAGACUGUUACCGUUUGGCAAUGAAAAGGAGAACCAGCGAGGAGUUUAAAACACGUCCAUGGGCGUACCAGAAGGAGAUGCAGUUCCUAGUACCUCACAUGACCAAGAAGUACACAAUGGGCUUCUUACAAUCUAAUCAAGACACUGGCGUUCCUGUGGAAGACAUUGGCAAUGAGGCAAAUAAGUCUGUCGAAUCUCCAAGAAAGAAAACUAAAAACAACAAAAGUGACACGAUGUUAACAAAUACCAGCCUUCCCGUAAGUGAAGAAAACGUGGAAAUCUUCCUGCCCACAGCUAAGGAACCGGGGGUACUUCAAGAAAACACUGAUGACGCGUUGUACCAUUUCUUCCUAAGUAUGUAUGAAACUACUAAAAAACUGCCGUUGAACCACCAGCUGAGGAUUCGUAGAAAAAUCUUCCAAUCCGUCACAGAGGCAGAAGAAGAAGUGAUCAUGUCAAAUUCAAGCUUGGUACAAACCGACACCAUCUUGUAUGAUCCUGCCAAAACCGAAUGAAAGACUUGUGUGUAAAAUUUGUG